GUCUAUGGUUAGUCGAGCAAAGAUCAGCAAAACAUUCGGUCGCCUUGCUCGGUAUUGCUUAGUCUUGCUUAUAAUAUUGCUUGCAGUCGCGAUGCUCCAUCGGAAGUGACAUUUCAAAGUGUAAGGUGUACAAGAACUCGUGAAAAAUGCUCGCAGACGGAGAAGUUGUUGGUGACGGAUCAUGGAACCUCACAAUUUACGUUACGGACUUGAACGAAAAGAGGACCAUGGUCGUAAAAGGAGACAUGCACAUCGGCGGAGUUAUGCUUAAACUUACAGAAAGCUUCGGUAAAGAUUUCAAAAAGGAUUGGUCAGAUCACGCGUUGUGGUGGCCGACGCGCAACAAAUGGCUGUCUCGGCCAAAGCACACACUCGACCAGUACGGCGUGCACGCGGACGCCGCGCUGCAUUUCACACCCAUGCACAAGCCGCUUCGUAUACAGCUGCCCGAUCUGAGAUACAUCGACUGCAAGAUAGAUUUCUCUAUUGACACCUUCAGUGCUGUCGUACAGCUAUGCAAGAAUCUCGGUAUAAGGCAUCCAGAAGAACUGUCUCUAUACUAUCCCCUCGAGCCCUCACACUUGAAGCAGAACUACCAGAACUUGAAGGAGGCGAAGAAAAUAAAGUCCACGCAGCCGCCGGACACCAACACGUUCAUAGCGGCGACGCGCGGCUCCUCCAACAGCCUGGACCGCUCCAACGGGCCCUGCCCCGCCACGCCGCCACCACCCAGAUCCCUGUCAGCUACGCCUGUCGCUUCAAAUCAUAAUGGCACCAUCCGUCGCUACGGCGGUCACAUCUACAGCACGCAGAGCGAUGGCUCCAGCGAUGGUGGCUACUGCGGCACCCCACCGCGCGCCUCCUCCCUUGACGCUCUGGAUGGUCUCAGCGAUCUUUCCCUCGCUGACUCUCCGCUAGAGCCAGACUCACAGUCACGAGAAUCUUUACUCACUCCCAAAUCGCUUAUGGAACGCGCCAGGAUGAAUGUCGGAUGGCUGGACUCGUCGUUGUCUAUAAUGGAACAGUACGUACGCGAGUGGGACACGCUGCAGCUGCGCUUCAAGUUCUAUUCGUUCUUCGACUUGACUGCGAGGCCGCAGGACGCGGCGCGUCUCAACCAGCUCUACCAGCAGGCCCGUUGGCAGAUCCUCAAUCAGGAGGUGCACUGCACUGAGGAGGAGAUGCUUCUUUUCGCAGCUCUACAGUUACAAAUCGAGCUGCAGACGCUGGCGGGUGGCAGCGCGGAGGCUGCUGACGGUGCGGUGGGCGAUGCUGGUGCGGAGGGCGCGCCGGAAGACGACAUAGACGCGGCUCUCAGUCAGCUGCAGCAACAGCUGGAGGGCGGCCCGCCUGCAAGACAGGACAUCACGCACGUGCCAGAGCUCGCUGACAACCUCAAGUAUCUCAGGCCGAAGCGGUUUACUCUGAAGGCAUACAAGCGCGGCUGGGUGUCGUGUCGUGACGGCGUGCUGCGUAUCCACUCCUCCAGCGAGGCGGCGGCGCGCGGAGACCCACCAUCCUACGCUGUCGAGCUGCGCGGAGCUGAGGUGACACCAGACGCGCACCCCGCCUCGGGUCGUUACAGCAUCAAGCUGGAGGUGCCGGCGGAGGACGCCAUGAACGAGAUGUGGCUCAAAUGUGAUGAUGAGGAGCAGUACGCGAAGUGGGUGUCAGCGUGCCGGCUGGGCGCGCGCGGGCGCUCGCUGGCGGACGCGGCGUUCCUGCAGGAGGCGGCGAGCGUGCGCGCGCUGCUCCGUCUGCAGCGACCGCAGCCCGGCGCCGCGCCCCCGCCCCGCGCUCUCCCCCACCUGCAUCAUCUGCUGCCCGAGAACUACCUCGCACCCAGAUACCUCAAGAAACUCAAGGGAAAGUUCACACAGCGCGUGCUGGAGAGUCACGCGAACGUGAAGGAGCUUCCGUUGCUGGAGGCGAAGCUGCAGUACAUAAAGACGUGGCAGAACCUGGCGGAGUACGGGCAGACGCUGUUCGUGGUGCGCUUCAUGGGACAUCGCAAGGACGAGGUGAUCAGCAUCGCCAACAACCGCAUCAUGCGCCUCGACCCCAACACCGGGGACCACAUCAAGACCUGGCGGUACAGCACCAUGAAGGCGUGGAAUGUGAACUGGGAAAUAAAACACAUGAUGGUGCAAUUUGAAGAAGGCAACAUAAUUUUCUCCGUGCAGUCUGCGGAUUGUAAAGUUGUUCACGAGUUCAUUGGAGGUUACAUUUUCCUCUCAAUGCGAUCAAAAGACGCGAAUCAAACACUAGACGAGGAAUUAUUCCACAAACUGACCGGAGGUUGGACGUAAAAUUAUAAAAUAUAUAACAAAAUGUAAUGUUGAAUAGAGAAUUUCCAGUAAUAUACUGGACUCUCAUUGUGCCUUUAACUUUUAUAUUAAUUUAAUUUUUUUUUUAAAUCUAUAUUGUCUAUGAAAUAUAAAAUAUUUUUGUUAAUUAAGUUAUAUUGACAUGAAGUGUAAUUCCAAAAAAAACGUCAGCACCAAACUUAAAUAGAAACUGCUGAAAAGUUCAAAAAAAAAAUUUUAUUGACAUUUGAAACAACGCCAUCUAUUGGUUAAAGAUUUAAGCAAUUUUCCUUUUAAAAUCACAUUAAUUUUUAGAUAUUAAAGUAGUGCUUCCAACAUUUUAUCUAUUUCACGAAACUUGUAAAUGCCAAAUAUAUAAUUGCCACACAAAAAAAUAUCCAAAUUGCUUAUUACAUCGCCUUAUAUUUGAAAGUCAAUUUAAAAAAAAAUAGAUUAAGUAAAAUGCGAUAAAAAUGAGCUUUUUAAUAGAUUUAUACAAAAUAUAGAUACAUAAAUACUAGUUAUAUAAGUUUAUUUACGCUAUUAUUCUGUUAGUAUUUAUAAAGUGAUUUUUAACUGUAUUAUUGCGACCAGGAAAAAAUAAAUAAAAUUCGUCUCUCAAAGUGCCUUCAUGAAACGCAACAAUAUUUUAUAAAAUCUACAUUUCAGGUUCUCUUUGGUGCUUUAAUGUUACAGAAAUAACAUAAGAUAAAAUAUCUAGACUUGUUUGUUUAAGUAUGUGUAAAAAAUCUGUGCUAUAC